ACGAACGAUAAGCAGUGAAGUAUAUCGACAAAUUUUUAUCUUUCUGAUAAGAUAUGUCUAAUGUUAGAUGUGUUCAUUACGUUGACGGAUUCUCAUAAUUGGUGUUAAAUAAAUAAACAAAAUGAAGACACGAUUUAAUACGUAUGAUCUCGUUUGCUCGGUAACGGAGUUACAGAGAUUAAUCGGUAUGCGUGUGAAUCAAAUAUACAAUGUCGAUCAUCGUAUAUAUUUGAUACGUUUUCAACGAAGCGAAGAAAAAUGUAUUCUGUUAAUCGAAUCUGGUAAUAGGAUACAUACUACAGCUUUCGAAUGGCCCAAGAAUAUAGUACCAUCGAGUUUUUCGAUGAAGAUGAGAAAACAUUUAAAAAAUAAAAGGCUUGAGAGUUUGAAGCAAAUUGGUACUGAUCGUAUAGUGGAUUUACAAUUUGGCAGUGGAGAAGCUGCUUAUCAUAUAAUAUUAGAAGUAUAUGAUAGAGGCAAUAUCGUUUUAACGGAUCAUGAAAUGACGAUUAUAAACAUUUUAAGACCCCAUACAGAAGGUGAUAAAGUUAGAUUUGCAGUUAAAGAAAAAUACCCUUCAGAUCGUGCUUAUACUGCAACUAUGGCACCGCUGGAAGAUAUUAAGAAAUCUAUCGAGUCUGCUAAACCAGGUGAAAAUCUAAAGAAAGUUUUGAAUCCUCUCUUAGAAUUUGGUGCAGCUGUAAUCGAUCACGUUCUAUUGCAAGCCGGUUUUGCACUUGGAUGUAAAAUUGGUAAAGAUUUUGAUAUUGCAAAGGACAUGUCUAGGUUGACUGUAGCUCUGAAAAAUGCAGAUAAUAUGUUGAAUGAUGCAAAAAAAAAUGUUUCAAAAGGAUACAUUAUACAGAAAAAAGAAAUUAAACCAUCUCCAGAUAGUAAAGAAGAUUUCAUAUUUACUAACAUAGAAUUUCACCCUUUUCUAUUUGAACAAUAUAAAAAUGAUCUUUACAAAGAAUUCGAUUCGUUUGAUGUCGCAGUAGAUGAAUAUUUUUCCACAAUGGAAGGACAAAAACUUGAUUUAAAGGCUUUACAAAAAGAAAAAGAAGCAAUGAAAAAAUUAGAAAAUGUAAAAAAAGAUCAUAGCCAAAGACUAAUUACGUUAGAAAAGACACAGGAAUUGGAUAAAUGGAAGGCAGAAUUAAUUUCUAGAAAUCAAAGUUUGGUAGACAAUGCAAUUUUUGCGAUACAAAAUGCACUCGCAAAUCAAGUGUCAUGGCCAGAUAUCCAGAUUCUGUUAAAAGAGGCACAAGCAAAAGGUGAUCCUAUUGCUUCUGCUAUCAAACAACUAAAGUUAGAAACAAAUCACAUUGCGUUAUUAUUACGAGAUCCUUACGAAGAUAGCGACGAAGAGUCCGAAUUAAAGCCGACAGUUAUUGACAUUGAUUUAGCUUACAGUGCCUUUGGUAAUGCCAGAAAAUACUAUAAUCAGAAAAGGUCGGCAGCUAAAAAGCAGCAAAAGACCAUAGAGUCUCAAGAUAAAGCUUUAAAAUCAGCAGAAAAGAAAACAAAACAAACGUUGAAAGAAGUACAAACAAUCCAUAGCAUCAAUAAAGCGAGAAAAACAUAUUGGUUUGAAAAAUUUUAUUGGUUUAUCUCUUCAGAAAAUUACCUUGUAAUUGGUGGAAGGGAUCAACAACAAAACGAAUUGAUUGUAAAGAAGUAUCUUAAAACUGGAGAUAUUUAUGUUCAUGCAGAUUUAACAGGUGCUAGUUCUAUCGUUGUAAAAAAUCCUGGUGGUGGACCUAUACCUCCUAAAACUUUGGCAGAAGCAGGCACGAUGGCAGUAGCAUACAGCAUUGCUUGGGAAGCUAAAGUAGUUGCAGGGGCAUGGUGGGUAAAUAAUGAUCAAGUUUCAAAAACUGCACCAACGGGUGAAUACCUUACAACUGGAUCCUUCAUGAUACGUGGCAAAAAGAAUUACUUGCCUCCAUGUCAAUUGAUAAUGGGUCUUGGCUUCCUAUUUCGUUUGGAGGAUAGUUCUAUUGAACGGCAUAAGGAUGAACGAAAAGUGAGAGUUAUAGACGAGGAAAUUGAAAAGAACGAAUCUGUAGUUGAAAUAGAUAAAGAAAUAGAAUUAGAAGAAAAUAGUGAUGAAGACGAAGAUUUGGAAAAUCCACAAUUAGAUUCUAUUAAAGAAGAAUCUUUUACGGAAUUUGAUGCGAUGCCAAAGAAAAAUGAGAAUAAAUAUGACAGUGGUAGUGAGGAAGACAGAGACUUUCCAGAUGUACAAAUUAAAAUUGAUUAUUCAGCAUUAAGAGUCGAACUCCAUGGUGAAAAGGAUACUGUAGAUAAAAGAGAUGAGGAAGAUGUUACUUUUGUUGGUAAAUCUACAGUAAUAAAUUCUAAUAAAGAAAAAACUACAAGAUUUAAAGAAUUGACUUUAAAGCCCGAAAAAGAAAGUAAAAAGCUUGAACAAGGUCAGUUGAAAAGAGGUCAAAAAAGUAGACUUAAAAAGAUAAAAGAAAAGUAUAAAGAUCAAGAUGAGGAAGAUAGGCACUUGGCUAUGGAAGUUUUACAAUCAGCAGGAGCUGCAAAAGAAGAUAAACGUCGUAACAAACAUAAAGAUCCAUCUGGUCCUAAACAACAAGGAAAGAAAAAAGGAAUUGUAAACCAACCUACGAUAAGAUAUAUUAAUACCGAUCAUCUCGAUGAAGAAGAUACAGGACCAGUACCCGAGAUGGAUAUGUUGGACCAAUUAACAGGAAAACCAGUUUCUGAAGAUGAAUUAUUGUUUGCUGUACCAGUUGUAGCACCUUAUAAUACCUUAUUAAAUUAUAAAUUUAAAGUAAAGUUAACUCCAGGUACAAGUACAAGGGGGAAAGCUGCAAAAACUGCCAUAGCUGUGUUUCUGAAAGAUAAAGAGGUAACUUUGCGCGAAAAAGAUUUAUUAAAAGCUGUUAAAGAUGAAUCAGUAGUUCGAAACAUACCUGGGAAAGUAAAAAUAAGUGCACCGCAAAUUCAAAAGAUAAGGAAAUAAAUAGUAUUUCUUAAAUAAUGUUAUAUCUCUCUAUGCUCGUUUAUAAUUGUAUAUUAUAAAUAUAUUUAAGUCUGUUUA